ACUCGAGUCCUCAGCCCGGCCGCCGCUCCGAUGCUGCUCUGACCAGGUUUUCCAUCCCAUCCCAUCCCAUCCUGCCCGGCACUGUGCAGUGGCGCACGUCAACGCCGGCUCCUGGCUGCCGCUGGCACGCUCGCUGUCCUAAUGGCAGGGCACGUCUCAGGUCUGCGGAUCCGCCGUGGAUCAUGCACAGGGAGUCAUCGAAGACUGAGACUGGCUACGGGUACCGGCUACCGAAGCAGUCGAGCGUCGAGCGUCGAGCGUUGAACUUUAACGGUCCGUCCCACCAAGUCAACGCCGCAGCACGCCCGCUCCCGAACUACAAGCUCGAAGAUGCACUCUUUCAAACGCGUCUGCCUGCAAGUCACCCGCGGUGCAAAUGCAUCCAGAUUCCACCGGUCAACCGUCCGAGAGUCGACUUCCAGCAUCACGGAGCCGCCCGCAUCCGGGAAAGCAGGACGAGAGAUCUGCGCCCCCGCCGAGUCGCCGCACUGGCACGCCUCUCGUCGCGCGACUCCGAGACGUGCCCCUCCAGCUGCGCUCGUCUUCAUGCAACUUGUAAGGGUCCAGCAUGCUUCGUGCAUCCCCAGUCUCAGUCGCCUGCCUGCCCCGGAGUGUGGCGAUGCGACUCGGGCGGACGCAAUGCAAGGCAUGAUGUGGUGAUACGCCUCUCCGUGUCCGUACUGACACUCGACAUCGAGCGAAGCCACCCUCAUGGCAAGAACUCGAAUGCACGCGUCCUGAGUCGGCCUUGCGGCACCCACCCGCCGUGCACUCUGACUUCAGCCCGUAAGCUGCAGCCGUACUACGGCUCGAGUACAAAACCCGGUACGUCCGCCCCCAAAGUCCCCAUCGCUCACCUCGAACUCCCAGCUCAGGUCCGCGAACCCACACUCACUCUACGUUUCUCUCCACAUUCUCGUCGCACACUCCUUCGUCUGCACCCACACCACACCACACCAUCAUGUUCACCAAGCUCGCCCUCCUCUCCGCGCUCGCGCUCGCGACUCUCGUCGUCGCCUCCCCCAUGCGAGUUGCCGUUCGUACUAUGGAAGACCACGUCGCCUCAGCGGGCGACCCUGCCGACGCCCUGGCUCCUGCCCUCGACUUCCUUGAUCUCCAGGAGUACCAGGCUGCCGGCUUCGCAGACCUGAGCCGCUACCUCAACGCCCUUCCCAUUCGCGACCUCCUCGACAGCGACGCCCCUGCCCCUGCCCCCGAAGCCUUGGCUCCCCGCGGCCGGUUCAGUAGUGCAGCGCUCAGAAAGAUGAACCGCAUCAUCAACCGCCUUCCCACUCGCCAGCUCCUCGACGGCGAAGGCUCCCUCGCCGGUCUCCCCACCCCUCUCAGUGUCAUCGGCGCCCCCCUCUCUUCGAGUCCCGCGAGCCCCGGUUCGUCCUCCCCGGUCAUGCCCGUCAAUCCGCCCGUCUCGCCUGUCAAUGUGGGCAACAGCGAGGACGAGGGUGAGGGCAUGAAGCCGAUCCUCGAGGGCUCGCUUUCUGACGGGGGGCUCAUCGGCGGACUCUCCGGCCAGGGCGAGAUCUUGUAG